CCAUUGCGGCGGAAGGGGUGGGGGAACGAGACCUCCUGCGAGUGUGUAGGCACUACCUUGCGCUCAAUUCGGGCCUCAGCGAUUCCGACCCUACUGCAGCAAUCACUGUGACGUAAUAAGCGGCCACGGGCAGCGUAGAGGUGAGAGGGAGGGCGCCGAAUAGAAAACUCCGGGAGAAUUCCUUCUCUUCCGUCUCUAACUAAUUACGUAACACGGGGAAAGACUAGAUGACCAAUUGAGAGCCCCGGCAGGCUUGGCUGUUUCUGCUCCGCCUUUCCGUAACGUGUUUUGGUCUCGCAUUCUGAGAGGCUCUUGCUCGGCCGCAGCGACCGGUUUCCGUGGCAACGGUAAAGCGCGGGAAUUACAGAUAAAUUAAAACUGCGACUGCGCACAGUAAUCUCGCUGAAUUUUCUGACUUCUGGAGGGUCCGGGGGGUUUUCAGAUCUUUGGGCCCCUGGGCCCGGAAAGCCCAGACGCUUUGCUCCUGAGUAGAGUUCAUUGUAAAAGGAAGAGAUGGACUUACGUGUGGAUCGCGUUGAAGAGGUACAAAACGUCCUCAGUGCUAUGCAGAAAAUCCUAGAGUGUCCCAUCUGUCUGGAGCUAAUCAAAGAGCCUGUUUCCACAAAAUGUGACCACAUAUUUUGCAAAUUUUGUAUGCUGAAACUUCUCAACCAGAAGAAAGGGCCGUCACAGUGUCCUUUGUGUAAGAGUGAUAUAACCAAAAGAAGCCUACAGGAAAGUACAAGAUUUAGUCAACUUGUUGAAGAGCUGUUGAAAGUCAUUCAGGCGUUUGAGCUGGACACAGGAUUGCAGUUUGCAAAUAGUUACAGCUUUUCAAAAAAGGGAACUAAUUCUCCUGAGCAUCUAAAGGAGGAAGUUUCUAUCAUCCAAAGUUUGGGUUACCGAAACCGCGCCCUAAGACUUCGGCAGAGUGAGCCUGAGAAUCCUACCUUGCAGGAAACCAGUCUUGGUGUCCAACUGUCUAACCUCGAAAUUGUGAAAUCUCUGAGGACAAAGCAGCAGGUACAAUCUCAGAAUAAGUCCGUCUACAUUGAACUGGGAUCCGAUUCUUCUGAGGAUACAGUUAAUAAGGCAAGUUAUUACAGCGUGGGAGAUCACGGCCUGUUACAGAUCGCCCCUCAAGGUUCCAGGGCUGACGCCGGUUCGAGUUCUGCAAAAAAGGCUGCUUGUGAGUUUUCUGAGGACGUAACAAAUACUGAACGUCGUCAGUCCGGUGAUCAAGACUUGACCACCCCUGAGAAGAGGCAUGCACCUGAGAAGCUUCCCGAAGAGUCUCAGGGCAUUUCUGCGUCAGACUUGCAUGUGGAACCACGUGGCACACGUACUCGUGCCGGCUCAUUGCAGCGUGAGAGCAGCAGUUUGCUCCUCACUGGAGCCCAGACGGCUGUGGGAAAGGCUGAGUUCUGCCAUCAGAGCAAGCGGCCUGGCUUAGCGAGGAGCCAGCGGAGCAGAUGGGCUGAAAGUAAAGAAACAUGUGGCGACGGGCAGACUCCCAGCACAGAGGAAAGCGCAGUGUUGAAUGCUGAUCCCCAGAACGGGAGAAGAGAAUCUCCCUCCUCUGACCACCCUGGAGAGUCCCAAGAUGUUCCUUGGAUAACUCGGAACAGUAGCAUACAGAAAGUUAACGAGUGGUUUUCCAGACGCGAUGAAACACCAGCGUCCGAUGGCUCCCACGACGGGAGGCCUGAGUCAAAUGUGGAAGUAGCCGAUGCAGUAGAAGUUCCAGAUGAAGUGGUUGGGUAUCCUGGUUCUCCAGAGAGCAUCGCCUCACUGGCCACUGAGCCUCGUGGUGCUUUACUAUGUGAAAGUGAACGAGUCCACGCCAAACCAGUAGAAAGUAAUAUUGAAGAUAAAAUAUUCGGGAAAACCUAUCGGAGGAAGGCCAGCCUCCCUAACGUGAGCCACGUAACUGACAGUCUGGCUACGGGAGCAUCCACUCCAGAACCUCAGAUGACAGAGCGUCCCUUCACCAAUAAACUGAAGCGCAAAAGGAGAACUACCCCGGGCCUUCACCCAGAGGAUUUUAUCAAGAAGGUAGAGUUGACAGUUGUUCCAAAGACGCCUGAGAAGUUAAUUGAGGGAACUGACCGAACAGAACAGAAUGGUCAUGCGAUGGACGUUACUAAUAAUGGCCACGGGAAUGAAACAGAAGGUGAUUAUGUUCAGAAUGAGACGAAUUCUAACCCAACAGAAUCAGUGGAGAAAGAACCUGCUUUCAGAGCUAAAGCUGAGCCUAUAAGCAGCAGCAUAAGCAACAUGGAACUAGAAUUAAAUGUCCACAGUUCAAAAGCACCCAAGAAGACUAGGCUGAGGAAGAAGACCGCUCCCAAGCAUCUUUAUGCACUGGAACUCGUAGUCAGUAAAAAUCCGAGCUCACCUACUCAUACCGAACUACAGAUUGAUAGUUGUUCUAGCUGCGAAGAGGCGAAGAAAGGAAAUUCUGAGCAGAUACCAGUCAGACAGAGCAAAAAGCUUCAGCUCGUGGAAGGUCCAGACCCUGCGGCUGGAGCCAACAAGAGUAACCAGGCAAAUGAACACAUAAACAAAAGUCUCGCCAGUGAUGCUCUUCCAGAGCUAAAUUUAACAGACGUAUCUGGCGUUUUUACUAAUGGUUCAGGUUCUACUAAACUUAAAGAACUUGUCGAUGCUAACCUUCAAAGAGGAGAAAUAGAAGAGAAAGGGGGAACAGUUCAAGUGUCUAGAGGCACCAAAGACCUCAAAGAUCUGAUAUUCAGUGGAGGAAGAAGCUUGCAAACUGACAGGUCUACGGAGAGUACCAACAUUUUACUGGUGCCCGAAACUGACUGUGACACUCAGGAUAGCGUCUCCCUGCUGGCACCUGACACCCCAGGGAAGGCGGAAACGGCACCAGAUCAACGUGUGGGUGGGUGUGCAGCAGCUGGAAACCCGAAGGAACGUAUCCGUGAUUGUUCUAAUGACACAGAGGGCGUGAAGGAUCUCCUGAGCUGUGAGGUUCAGGAGACGAGCAUAGAAAUGGAAGAGAGCGACCUCGAUACACAGUAUUUACAGAAUACAUUUAAGGUUUCAAAGCGCCAGUCAUUUGCUCUGGGUUCCAAUCCAGGAAAUCCAGAAAAGGAAUAUGCAACCGUCUCUUCCCACUCCAGGCCCACAAGGAAACAAAGUCCAAAAGUCACUCUUGAAUGUGGGCAAAAGGAAGAACAUCGGGGAGAGAAGGAAUCGAAUACGGAGCACGUGCGGGCACCUCACCCAGCGGCAGGCUUUCCUGAGGUUUCUGAGAAAGAUAGAAAGCCAGGAGCACACGCCAAAUAUAGUCUGAAAGGAAGCUCCAGGCCUUGUCAGUCAUCUCCGUUCAGAGGCAAGGAAACGAAACUCACUAUUGAAAAUAAAUACAGAAUUUCACAAAACCCGUAUCAUAUACCACCCAUUUCUCCCGUCAGGUCAUCUGUUAAAACGGUCAGUAAAGAAAACCUGCCAGAGGAAAAGUUGGAGGAACAUUCAGUGUCACCUGCCAGAGCAGUGGGACAUGAGAACGUCAUUCAGAGUACGGUGGGCACAACCAGCCAGACCAAAACGAGAGAAAGCACCGUUAAAGAAGGCAGCUCAAGCAGUACCAAUGAAGUAGGCUCCAGUGGUGAAAAUAUUCAAGCAGAGGCAGGCAGACACAGAGGGUCAAAAUUGAGUGCCAUUCUCAGACUGGGGCUCAUGCCACCUGAAGUCUGUACACCGAGUCUUCCUCUGAGUAAUUGUAAAGAUCCUGACAUAAAAAGGCAAGAAGGUGGGGGAGUAGUGCGGGCUGUUAAUGCAGAUUUCUCUCCGUGUCAAAUUUCAGAUAACCUAGAACAACCUCUGGGAAGCAGUCCCGCUUCUCAGGUUUGUUCCGAGACCCUAGACGACCUGUUAAAGGAUGACAAGGUAAAGGAGAAUAACAGCUUUGCUGAAGGUGGCAUUAAGGACAGAUCUGCUGUUUUUAGCAAAAGUGCCCCGAACGAAUGCAGAAGGAGCCCCAGUCCCUUAGCCCACCCACAUUUGGCUCGGGGUCACCCAAGAAGGGCCAGGAAACUCGAAUCCUCAGAAGAGGACACAUCUAGUGAGGACGAGGAGCUGCCCUGCUUCCAGCACUUACUGUUUGGUAAGGUCACCAGUAGACCUUCUGCGUCGCCCAGAUGCAGCGCUGUUGCCGCAGAGGGUCCGUCUAAGAAAACAGAGGAGAACCAAGCACCUUUAAAGAGUAGCUUAAGUAACCGCAGUGACCAGGUCACGUCAGCAAAGGCGUCCCAGGAGCGUCACCUUAGCGAAGAAGCAGGAUGUUCUGUUAGCUUAUUCUCCUCACAGUGCGGUGUGGCAGAAGAUUUUGCCGCUAAUACAGACAGCCAGGAUUCUUUCUUGAUGUUCGAUUCUCACUGUAAGCAAGUGAGCCGUCAGUCUGAAGACGAGGAAGUUCCGAGCGACAAGGAACUGGUUUCAGAUGAUGAGGAAGGGGAACCUGACCUGGAAGAGGAGAAUCGAGAAGAGCGGAGUGUGGAUUCAAACUUAGAUGAAGCGGCAUCUGAGUGCGAGAGUGAAACAGGCCUCUCUGAAGACUCUUCAGGGCUGUCCUCUCAGAGCGAUAUUUUGACCACUCAGCAGAGAGACACCAUGCAGGAUAACCUGAUGAAGAUCAAGCAGGAAAUGGACCACCUGGAAGCUGUGUUAGAGCAGGAGAGCCAGGCUUGCCACAGGUCCCCUGUCCUCAUAGCCUACUCCUGUGCGUCCGAGGACCUGCUGAACCUGGAGCGAAACACGUCAGAGAAAGUAUUAACGUCAGAGAAAAGUAGCGAAUAUCCUGUAAGUCGCAAUCCGGAAAGCCUUUCUGCAGACAAGGUUCAAGAGUAUCUGGGUAGCUCCACCAGCAAAUACAAAGAAACAGGAGUGGAAAGGUCUUCCCCUUGUAAAUCCCAGCUGCUAGAUGAUAAGUGGGAUAUGCAUAGCUACUCACAGAAUCUUCAGAACAGAAACCGCCCAUCUCAGAAGGAGCUCGUUAAGGGUAUUGACGUGAAGGAGCAGCAACGGACCAAGGCUGGGCCCCAAGAUUUCAUGGAGCCGUCUUAUUUGUCAAGACAAGAUCUCGAGGGAACCCCCCCUUCCCUAGAAUCUGGAGUCAGACUCUUCGAUGACCCAGAGUCGGACCCCGAUGAAGACAGAGCCCCAGAGCCAGCUCCUGUUUGCAGCGUGCCGGCGUCAGCCUCUGCAUCGACAGGACCCCCGUUCCAGGUUGGAGAAUCUGCCAAGAGUCCAGCUACUGCUCGAACGACCAGUGCUGCUAGGUGGAAUGUGAAGGAAGAAAGUGGGAGUGGGGAGAAGCCAGAAGUGGUAUCGUCAACAAAAACGGUCAACAGAAGAAUAUCAAUGGUGGCAUCAGGCUUGACCCAAAAAGAAUUAAUGCUUGUGCACAAGUUCGCCAGAAAGCACCACAUCGCUGUGACUGAUCUAAUUACUGAAGAGACCACUCACGUCGUCAUGAAAACAGAUGCUGAGUUCGUAUGUGAACGGACACUGAAAUAUUUCCUGGGAAUUGCAGGAGGAAAAUGGGUAGUUAGCUAUUUCUGGGUGACCCAGUCUGUUAAAGAAAGAAAGAUUCUAGAUGAGCAAGAUUUUGAAGUCAGAGGAGACGUUAUCAAUGGAAGGAACCACCAAGGUCCAAAGCGAGCAAGAGAAUCCCAGGACAGAAAGAUCUUCAGGGGCCUGGAAAUCUGUUGCUACGGGCCCUUUACCAACAUGCCCACAGAUCAGCUAGAGUGGAUGGUGCGGCUUUGCGGGGCUGCCGUGGUGAAGGACCCUUCGGCGUUCACUGUGGGCGAGGGCACUCACCGGGUUGUGGUCAUGCAGCCGGACGCCUGGGCGGAGGACAGUGGCUCCCACGUGAUUGGGCAGAUGUGUGAGGUGCCUGUGGUGACCCGAGAGUGGGUACUGGACAGCGUGGCCCUCUACCAGUGCCAGGAGCUGGACGCCUACCUGGUCCCCCAGCCCUCCCAGAGCGGCUGCUGAUGGCUGCCAGCCCCGUGUGUCUUGUAUACAGAGCCUGUCUCCACCAGACCCCGAGGAUAAGCCUAAGAAGUGGCCUUUUUCCAGGCCCUGGGACGUCCUCUUUAGUCCUUCCACAGUCCUGGUUACUAAAUAUUUGAUGUACUCCAGCCUGAAGAGGACUUCUGGCUGUGCCAGGGCCCUUAAAGAUUUUCUGCUUCACGUCUCCCUUUGAAAUCUGCCAUGAGCACAAAAUUGUGGUAAUUUUUCACCUGAAAAGAAUUUUAAAUGCCACCAAUUGAGCAAGAUGCUGAUUCAUUAUUUAUCAGCCCCAGUCCUUGUACUGGGGCCGUUGGCUUAGAGCUGGGGGCAGAGUAGCUGGGCUCAGAGUAGAUGGUUUCCCUGAAUUUGUUUCCCUAAAACCCUGUGUUCAUAAAGGCCAAGAGUCAAACCCUUUCGUGGAAGGUGAGUGCUUAGGGACCUGUGGUGAGACUUAACAGUCCGUGGGCAGCUCUCGAAGGCUGAAGUGGAGCAUUGGCGGGGAAUUCAGAGGCAGGGAGUGGCUAGAAAUGUGAAAUUUGAGGGUUAAUUAGAGAGGGCGGUCACACUGACCCUGAUCUCCAAAAGUCUGGGCAAGAACUGGUGUCCAAAGAGAAUCUCCUAAUUCCCUGUUGGUAAUAAUAAAAAAAAUAUUUGCUCCUGUGGCUCUGAUAUGUAACCCAUUCCUCUUGAAAUAUAAGGUCUCUGAUAUGAAUAUUUCAUGUCUGUAAAAUGACGGAUCCCACCAGGAAAGGAGCUAUUGCGUUCCUUGAGGUAAUUUUUUUUCCCUUUUGCUCCCUCUUGCUGAAUGUAUGGCUUCAUAAAUAAUUUUGUUUGCUGAAGGAAGAGAAAGUGUUUUUCAUAAACUCAUUACCCGGGACUGUUUAUGGCUGCUGGGAGGACUAGGUCUUCCUCGGCCCCCGGUGUAUGAGGGCAGUGCCGGCCUCUCUGCACGCCGUGUGUUUUGUGUAAAUGUUGUCCUGUUCACCUGCAAAUAAACUUGGC